AUGGAAUUGACAAAGACAGUAGCCAUUUUCGUAUCUAUUGACUUGUCAAACAACCAAUUCUGUGGAAAAAUUCCUGAGGACGUCGGGCAACUUAUUUCCCUACAAAUGCUCAACUUCUCUCACAACAACUUCACUGGUUCUAUCCCAGCAUCAUUUAGAAAUUUGGUAGAACUUGAAUCAUUGGAUCUUUCAUCAAACAAGCUCAGUGGCGAGAUUCCAGCUCAAAUGACGAAGCUAACAUUUCUUGAAGUGUUGAAUCUUUCAAACAACAAUCUUGUUGGACCAAUUCCUCAUGGGAACCAAUUCGAUACCUUUGAUAAUGAUUCCUACAGGGGUAACUUGGGAUUCUGUGGAUUACCAUUGUCUAAGCCAUGCAUCAACCAUGGGGGGCCUGAACCGCCUUCACCAUUGGUGGUGGAACAUGAAGGUUCUGAAAUACCCUUCUUUUGGCAAGUUGUAUUGAUGGGGUAUGGAAGUGGAGUGGUGGUAGGACUGAGCUUGGGAUACAUUGUAUUCACAAUCAGAAGACCAUGGUGGCUUGUUAGAAAGGUGGAGAGAGACUGGCAAUACAAUUUCAUGAGGUGGAUACGAAGAAACAGACCAAGAAGAAACUAG